AUGGCAUCUAUCCCUCGCCUGGUAACGGCUGCCAGCUCAACGGCGAUCCGCAUAUGCAGCUUCAUCUUCUUGAGAUGGAUACCUGGCCAUCAUUUCGUUCCCCUCAUUUUUACAUCUCUGGUGGUGUACCUCACGUCGUUUUGGUCCCUCCGACAAAAUCCAUACCCACCUCCAUCCACCCGGGCCAAGAAUGACAACAAAAGGUCAAAAAACCCCCCAGGCUCGACUGAUGCAGGAUCCAAAGAUUCUGUCCUGAAGAUCCUUUUGACCGGCCUGCCAUCGAAGCACUCACCAUGGUCGACCACGUUCACGGCUCUCAUCAACAUCGUCGUGGCAUUACUGACCCUCGAUUUCUUGAUCCGCGGCCUGGUCAUGUAUCCCAGUGCCGAUGUGUCGUUUUCUCGUGUCGGUCAUGUCUCGCCAACCACGGCGAAUCUGCUGCUUCGGGAGCCUGACCAAAGUCAAUUGCCCAUUACGGUUUCUUACCAAGAAACAUCGUCCUACAACGCCCCGGAAUGGAUCGAAGAGGGAACAAUCUACAAACUUGAUGAUAUCACGGACUUCACGGCUACGGUGACGCUUAAGAACCUGAAGCCCUCCACCCAAUACAACUACUUGUUGUCCAACAACAAAAGCGGAAGCUUCAUGACAGCGCCGCAGCCCGGGUCACCGCCAGCGAAUAGGCUCUCUUUUGUGACAUCCAGCUGCAUCAAACCCAAUUUCCCAUACAACAUUCUUUCACACCCUUUGAAGGUGCCGGGGAUUGAACUGAUGACAGAAGCACUCGCCAAGUUGCCCCAGAUUAUGCGGCCGGCGUUUAUGCUCUUCCUGGGUGACUUUGUCUAUAUCGAUGUGCCAUUCAGGUUCGGCUCCUCGAUGGAUCACUACCGCAGCGAAUACCGUCGCAUCUACGCUUCGCCUUCCUGGAAUGUAUCGUCUCUUGAGGACCGAGCCAUUGAUCUCCCAUGGAUCCAUACCCUUGAUGACCACGAGAUUGAAAAUGACUGGUCGCGCGGAAACAAGACGGCUCCCUAUCCAGCCGCCGUGGACCCCUUCCAACAUUAUCACGUCGCUGCCAAUCCACCCGUUCCAGAAGAAUCAUUUGCCAAUCCAGAUGAAGUCACGUACUUCUCCUUCAUCAAUGGUCCCGCCUCCUUUUUCAUGCUCGAUACUCGCACCUAUCGAUCCGAGCCCUCCAAGGGCAAUUCAACGAUCCUUGGCUUCGCGCAACUCCAGUCGCUUCUGACAUAUCUAUCAACUCCAGAGCCAGAGGGCGUGCGCUGGAAAAUCAUCAGUUCCAGUGUACCUUUUACCAAGAAUUGGCAUGUUGGCACAGCGGACACAUGGGGCGGCUUCCUCAACGAGCGUCGGACCGUCUUCGAAGCCAUGUGGCGUGCUGAGCGUGAACUUGGUGUCCGUAUUGUUCUUCUCAGUGGAGAUCGCCACGAGUUUGGCGCCACACGAUUCCCCGACCCAAGUCUUGACUUUCCUGCAUCAGAAUCGCAGCCCGAUACAGCAGGCCUAGGCCUUCACGAGUUCAGUGUCGGCCCAUUAAGCAUGUUCUAUCUCCCAGUACGCUCGUAUUAUCAGACCGACGACGAGGAUGUCUCUGUGAAAUACGCCCCGGACGGCAAUAGCAAAUUCGGAUACAUUGAAAUCGCCGACGGGGUGGAUGAGGCUGACCCAACCGCCGUGGCCCCGGUGCCGGUCCGCAGCUCAAUACUGACAUACUCCUUGUACGUGGAUGGCGAGGUUGUCUGGAAAUAUCGACUGAGUAUCCCCCUGGACCGGGAAACUGCCGCCGGAGCCGUGAAUAUUCCCGAGAAAAACAAUUAUCUUCCGCCGGGACGGAUAUUAGAGGACAGGAUUCCCAAAGAAAGCUGGGAUGUGGCACUCAAGAAGACCGUCGGCCGUGCUGAGGAAUUGGCGCGACAGGGUCUCGACUGGGCUACUGAAAUGUACCACAAGAUGACUGUGUAA